AUGAAAAAGGGGAUUAAGAAGAUUUUAAGUCCGAAAUCAAGAUUUUUAGAUGCCGCUAUUAAAGAUGACAGUAUAGCCAUUUUUGAAUUUACGUCAUUUAAAAAUAUCAAAGAGGUUGGGAAAGGUAGAUUUGGAGUAGUUCAUUCAGCUGACUACAAUGAAAAAAAAGUCGCAUUAAAAUGCUUUUUCCAUAGCGAGAUAACUAAAGAAUUUGUUAAUGAGCUUAAACAACUUCGUCUUAGUAACUCUCAUCCUAAUGUGAAUCAGUUCCAUGGAAUUACAAUCGAUCCUAAGACGGAGAAUUUAAUGUUAGUUCUACAGUUUGCCAAUGGAGGGAAUCUAGAAGAUUAUUUAAAAACAAAAUGGAACGAUGGUACUUUUAAAAUUUCAUUAAGUGAAAUUAUUAAAAUUGCAAAGCAAAUUAUUCUCGGAUUGGAGCAUUUACAUACCAAAAAUAUUAUUCAUGAAGAUGCGAAAGUGGAGUUUAUUACAAAUCGUGAAAGACAACCUAAACCUAUUUUAGCCGAUGAUUUAACUGAUGUUUAUUCACGUGAUUUAUUAACAGUUGAACCAUCUACGCUGAUAAUUAAAGGACCUACUAAUUCGAGAAAUUUAAAAGUAUCUUCGCCUAAAUCAAUAUUAUCGCGACACCAUGAAAAGUUAGAACCAAAUGAUUUAAAAUUUCAAGGAUUAGUUUAUUAUGAAGCAAAAAAUUAUGAAGCGUCUCUCGAAUUUUUAAACAAAUCAUUAGAUGUCAAUUCGGAUGAUGCGGAUGCUCUGAAAUUCAGAGGAUUAACUUAUUAUAAAUUAAAAAAAUAUGAAAAAUCUAUUUCAGAUUUCAAUAAAUCACUACAUAUUACAAAUGAUAUAAUUGUAUUAAUAUGUCGAGGACAAAUAAAUAGUAAUUUAGGUCGCUACAAUGAGGCACUAAUAGAUUUAAAUAAAGCGCUAAAACUUGAUCCGAAUAAUUCGUUUGCACUGAGAUGUCGAGGGCAAACCUAUUACAUGCAAAAAAAAUAUAAGGAAUCACUUAUAGAUUUAAAUAAAUCAUUAGAAUAUGAUUUGAAUAACGCAGAUGCACUAAGGUUACGAGGGCAAACAUAUUAUAUGUUAAAAGAUUAUGAAAAGGCUCUUUCAGAUUUAAAUAAAUCACUAGAACUUGAUCCUAAUAAUGCAGUCACGCUAAGAUUUCGAGGACGAACAUAUUUAAUAUUUGGACGUUAUGAUGAUUCUCUUACAGAUUUAAACAAAUCAUUAGAUAUUGAUUCAAAAAAUGCCGAUGCAUUACAAAUUCGAGGUCAAAUUAACUUAAUUAAAAGGUCCCCUAAUAAACAACUCAAAGAUUUAAAUAAAGAGUUAAAUUUUGAUCCCAAAAGUAUCGAAGGGUUACAAUUUCGAACCAGUGAAUUAAGAAAGAUAGAAAAAACAUAUAAGCUUAAUCGAUACGAAAUAUGGUUUGACGCUGCAAUUUCAGGACAUCACAUAAGGGUUUUUAAAUAUGAUGAAUUUAAUAAUUUAGAAAAAAUUGAUGAGGGAGGAUAUGGAACCGUAUUUAAGGCAGACUGGAAAAAUCACGAACUUCCUGUUGUCCUUAAAAGUUUGAAGGCUAAUAAUAUUCCAAUUGUUAAAGAGCUUCAGCUUUUGCUAAAAGUAAGUUUCCACCCCAACAUAAAUCAAUUAUAUGGUGUGACUAAAGAUUUGGAACCGGUUUUUCAUAUGUUAAAACCAAUUAAAGCUAUUUUUGACAUAUGA